CAACCGAGUCCAACAGUAGAACCGUUCAGAGUUCAUUGUCAGAUGAAUUAUGGUGGACGAUCGUAUUUUUUAUAUCACGUGUCGGAACAUACGAAGCUGAACCAAUCGUGGAGCGACUAUCGACAAGGAUUCGGGGCUCUGACUGGCGAUCAUUGGCUAGGAUUAGAUCACCUUAGUAGUAUAGUCAAUGGUCGAGCAGCUCGUGGCGUACCAGCAAAACUUACCUUUGAAACAAUAGCAGGCGGAGCACAGUUGACAGGAUCCCAUUCAAAUUUCUUGAUAGGAGACGAAACGGAUGAUUACAAGAUUGAAUCCGUCGGAUAUUAUUCCGGAAAGCUCACUGACUGCAUGACGGAUCUCGUCGGAUCAACGUUCGCUACUUACGAUCACGGCAGCGACAACGGAAUGAGCUGUGCGGUACAGUACGGUGGUGGAUGGUGGUUUGGAAAUGCAUGUGCGCCUUGUAAUCCAGUAGGUGUAUUCAGCUCUGAUGGCGAGCGU